AUGAUGUCUGGUGUUCUUCUUUGGGUGAACUGUGGACUCAAAGAGAAUGCCAUUCCUUUGAUGGGUCUUGGAGGAAGAGAUGUGAGAAUUCAGAAGAGAUGUUCUGGAAUUAGUUUUGCUAGCUUUUCAAGUGCGGUUGUUGAACCUACAAGAUCUUCAGAGGAGAGGGUGUAUGAAGUGGUGUUGAAACAAGCAGCACUAGUGAAGGAGCAAAGAAGAAUUGUUAAGAAGAGAGGUUUGAAUUUGGAUACUAAGCCUAUUGAAGGUGAUUUCACCAAUGGUGAUCUUUUGAGUUCGGCUUAUGAUAGGUGUGGUGAUGUUUGUGCUGAGUAUGCCAAGACAUUUUAUCUAGGCACACAAUUGAUGACAGAAGAGAGGAGAAAAGCCAUUUGGGCCAUUUAUGUGUGGUGCAGAAGAACAGAUGAACUAGUGGAUGGUCCUAAUGCAUCACACAUCACACCAAAGGCCUUGGACAGAUGGGAACAAAGAUUAACCGAUGUUUUCGAAGGUCGUCCUUAUGAUAUGUAUGAUGCUGCACUUUCAGAUACUGUCACAAAGUACCCUGUUGAUAUACAGCCUUUUAAGGACAUGAUUGAAGGGAUGAGGCUGGACCUGAGAAAGUCAAGAUACAAUAACUUUGAUGAACUAUACCUUUAUUGCUACUAUGUCGCCGGAACAGUUGGUCUUAUGAGUGUUCCUGUAAUGGGGAUAGCACCACAAUCAAAGGCUUCAACAGAGAGCAUCUACAAUGCUGCAUUGGCACUUGGCAUUGCUAAUCAACUUACCAACAUACUCAGAGACGUCGGAGAAGAUGCUAGAAGAGGAAGGGUGUAUCUUCCACAAGAUGAAUUAGCAAAAGCAGGCCUAUCAGAUGACGACAUUUUCCGAGGCCGAGUAACCGACAAGUGGCGCAAUUUUAUGAAGGGACAAAUAAAGAGAGCAAGAAUGUUUUUUGAUGAGGCAGAGAAGGGAGUUUCAGAGCUUAGUUCUGCUAGUAGAUGGCCUGUUUGGGCAUCUUUGUUGUUGUAUAGGCAGAUUUUAGAUUCUAUUGAAGCUAAUGACUACAAUAACUUUACUAAAAGGGCUUAUGUAGGAAAAGCUAAAAAGCUUUUAUCACUACCUGUUGCUUUUGGAAUAGCAUUUUUUGGACCACAAAAGUUAACCAAAGAGACUACAAGAUGA